AUGAGGGUCAAUCAGCAUACAGCGAUAUCCGGGACCAAAGCGCUCCUUGUGCCGUACGAGGCGCACCACGUUGUCAAGUACCAUGGCUGGAUGCAGGAUCCUGAUAUCCAAGAAGCCACAGCCUCGGAGCCCAUGACCCUGGAAGAGGAGUAUGAGAACCAGCAGUCGUGGCGGACGUCGGUUGACAAACUCACCUUUAUCAUCUGCGAGCCUGUCGCCGCGACCGAGACGAUAAUCACAGCAAAGAACCAAGACGCUAACGCGCGCAUGAUUGGCGAUGUCAAUUUUUUUUUGUACUUAGAUGAUGAGGCUGAGGAGACCGCGAGCGACGUCCUCAUCGGCGAGGUCGACGUCAUGAUUGCCGCCAAAGAGCACAGAGGCAAAGGCUACGGCGAAGCCGCUGUGCGGAACCUGUUGAUUUAUAUAGAAACGCAUGUUGAUGCUAUCUUGCAAGAGUAUGCACAAAAUGGGCAAGCGAGAUCCCUGCGGGCGCUGAUGGUCAAGAUUCAACAAGGGAACAAGGGGAGCCGCGCCUUGUUUGAGAAGCUAGGUUUCAAGCAGAUGGGUGAUGUCAACUACUUUGGCGAGGUCAAAAUGGUUCUGGAUUGGAGAGGCGGGUUGAAAAAUCGAGAUGAUGCAUGGAUCGCGGUGGCGAAGGAAUAUCGUGAGCUCAAAUAUCAAGCUGAAGCUUGA